AUGGAAUUUCACAGUCUAAAAGCUAAUGAGGAUAAAAUACUAAUUAUAGGAAAUAAAAGGGCAACCUACAACAGUAUAGACUCCAGAAAUGCUUCGAGUGUUGCCCAUUGCCAUGCCAACAAGCCAGCCAAUGUGAUUGAUAAAAAAGCAAGACGGCAACUAAUUUUAGCAUCCGUACUAUGUUUUGCCUUUAUUAUUGGAGAGAUUGUCGGAGGGAACUUGGCUGGGUCCCUGGCAAUCAUGACAGACGCUGCACAUUUGCUCACAGACUUUGCAAGUUUUAUGAUCAGUUUACUUUCCAUCUAUUUAGCUCGUAGACCAGCAACAAAACUGUUAAGUUUUGGCUGGCAUCGUACAGAAAUAAUUGGUGCCUUGGUGUCAGUGCUGCUUAUCUGGGUUGUGACUGGGAUAUUAGUGUUCCUAGCUAUAGAGCGAGUGCUUCACAAUGACUAUGAGAUUAAUGCAACCAUUAUGCUGAUCACAUCAGGUGUCGGAGUUGUUUUCAAUUUUGUAAUGGGUUGCGUACUUCACACUCCACAAAGUAAUGAGGGAGUAUACCAAAGUCUUGGGGGAGGAGACAACAGUCAUGAUGAAUCAAGCUCUGCCGACUCAGAAUCUGGGGAGCAAAAUAAACAUAGCAACGGCCAUAAUUCUACAAAUGUAAAUGUGCGAGCAGCAUUUAUUCAUGUUAUAGGCGAUUUCAUACAGAGUAUUGGUGUAAUGAUAGCAGCUUUCAUCAUAUAUUUUAAGCCCGAAUGGAAAAUAGCAGAUCCGAUAUGUACAUUCUCAUUCUCGGUUCUGGUGCUGUUCACAACAGUUACGAUUCUCAAGGAUAUUAUAAGGGUUAUAAUGGAAGCCACUCCAUCUGGUAUACACUACAAUAAAGUAAAGGAUUGCUUGUUUGAGAUUAAAGGUGUUAAAGAUGUUCAUAAUAUCAGACUAUGGUGUCUUACCAUGAGCAAAGUUGUCUUGUCAUGUCAUAUUGCAAUAGAUAAAACUGUAUGUGCACAGGACAUGUUAGAAAAAGCUUCAGAGUUGAUAUAUAGCAGAUUUGGAAUAUAUGAGUGCACAAUGCAAAUAGAGAACUAUGUAGAUGAUAUGGAACACUGUACAGACUGUAAAGACCCAAAGGAUUAAAUACUGCUCUUUUAGUGAAGUGUAAUAUGAUAUGGGCAGUGUUAAAGAUGCCCAGUCUUUUACCAUUGCCAAAUCAGCAAUUGUAUAUGGCAAUUAGCAAUUGAAGGUGAAGCACACCAAUUGUAUAUGGCGAUUAGCAAUUGAAGGUGAAGCACACCCAUUGUAUAUGGCGAUUAGCAAUUGAAGGUGAAGCACACCAAUUGUAUAUGGCGAUUAGCAAUUGAAGGUGAAGCACACCAAUUGUAUAUGGCGAUUAGCAAUUGAAGGUGAAGCACACCAAUUGUAUAUGGCGA